UGUCGUAAAUGUUUCUUAUCACGACAAGAUGAAUACAAUUAUACACACCGCCGGUAUCCUAUAACCACCGCACGCUAAAUUUAGCGAGGAGGAGACAAUUCUCACCAGACCACAGCAUCAUUAGAUUAUUAUUUUAACUUCAGUUUAUCUGCCUGUUUGGGCGGGUGGGAGGAGAACAAAAACAUAAAAGGAGUCAAUUCUUGUCAGAUAAUACUAGUUCUCUUUGUUCAUACAAGAGAAAAUGGUUAACUCUAAUUCGUAUCGUAUUAUGUGAAGCCAUUGAAACAAACAUUUCAUGGCCGAUGCGACGGGAGAAGAGCUGCCAAAGCCAGAAUCAGAAACGGCAUCUCCGGCCAGUGUCAACGCGGCGGAGAGUGACCCCAUCGUGGUGAUCGAUAAACAGUUCAUUGUCCCAAACCCCGUGGAACUGAAAAUACAACAUACGAUAUUCACAGUUGCUGAAAAUUACUUCGACAUCACCGACGAUAAUGGCAACCCUGUUUUCAAGGUCCGAGAUAAGUUGUUCAGCUUUCCUAAUCGUCGCGUUAUGUUUGACGCCGAUGGACGUCCUCUCGUUUCUCUGAGACAAAAGAUAUUUAGUGUUCGUAGGAGGUGGAAAGUAUUCAGAGGGGAAAGCGAGAAAUCGAGUGAUUUUCUGUUCAGCGUGAGGAAAUCGUCAUUGAUACUGUUGAGGAUGAAAACGAGGAUGGCGACGUCGUUAGAUGUGUUCUUGGCAUCCAAUACCAGUGAAAUUCUGCCUGACUUCAGAAUCAAAGAGAACUGGCAUGACAGCAGCUGCACUGUUCUCCGUGGUGAUACCACAAUUGCUCAGGUGAUACCUUUUUAUUCAUCUGCCAUUUUACAAGGUAUUAGGCAAAAUCGAUUAAAUGCGAGUGUUGGAAAAUUUUAUUUUAUUUGACAUGAGAUGAUUGUUAUGGUGUCUGAAAAAUAGCUGAA